AGGCCGGGUACUCUAGGAGGUCCUGGGGCGACAGUACGCGGGCGGUGGGCUGCGCGACUUCUGCAGGACUAGAUUCCUGGUCCCACCCUGCCGAGCCCCGCCCCUCCGCCGGCGGACACUGCCGCGGGCGCAGCCACAGAGCCGCGGUCUCCCGGCCAGCCUGGGGCGGCCGGCCCGGAACCACCCGAUGAGAUCUCUUCCCUCGAGGGAUGGUGAAGUUGGCGAGAGGCUCCUUUAACCCUCCUGCAGGAUGAACUCCCUGCCAGAAGACAUGGAGAAUACUCUCACGGGGAGUCAGAGCUCACACGCUUCUGUGCGCGACGUCCACUCCGUCAACCCUACGCAGCUCAUGGCCAGGAUCGAGUCCUAUGAAGGAAGGGAGAAGAAGGGCAUAUCUGAUGUCAGGAGGACUUUCUGUUUGUUUGUCACCUUUGACCUCUUAUUUGUAACAUUACUGUGGAUAAUAGAGUUAAAUGUGAAUGGAGGUAUUGAGAACACGUUAGAGAAAGAGGUGGUGCAAUAUGACUAUUACUCUUCUUAUUUUGAUAUAUUUCUUUUGGCAGUUUUUCGAUUUAAAGUGUUAAUACUUGCAUAUGCAGUGUGCAGACUGCGCCAUUGGUGGGCCAUAGCGUUGACAACAGCAGUGACCAGUGCCUUUUUAUUAGCAAAAGUGAUCCUCUCAAAGCUUUUCUCACAAGGGGCUUUUGGCUAUGUGCUGCCCAUCAUUUCCUUCAUCCUUGCCUGGAUCGAGACGUGGUUCCUGGACUUCAAAGUGUUACCUCAAGAGGCAGAAGAAGAAAACAGACUCUUGAUAGUUCAAGAUGCCUCGGAGAGGGCAGCGCUGAUUCCUGGGGGUCUUUCUGAUGGUCAGUUUUAUUCUCCUCCUGAAUCUGAAGCAGGAUCUGAAAAUGAAGCUGAAGAAAAGCAGGACAGUGAAAAACCACUUUUAGAACUAUGAGUAAGACUUUUGUUAAAUGUGAAAAACCUUCAUUGAAAGUCACCAGAAAGAAAAAGGAACUGGAGAUGGGGUCUCCCUAUUGAAGGUUGAAAUGGUGACAUCCACUGCUGACAUUAUUGAGCGGCUAAUAAAGAAUUUAUUUAUUGUAAUACCUCACAGACAUGGUACCACACCCAUACCCAUUUAUGUCACCUGCCUGUGGCUGGAAAGAUAAUGUCAUGGUCCACCCUAUAUUCAGUGAGACUGGAUCUGACCUGUCAAUGAAUAGUUGCAGAAAGUCUUGUGUUGUGUUCCUAAUCAAAGAGACUUCUUAAUAUAUUGGAAUAACACUUUUUUAGUAUGCAAAAUAUCUUUUUAUUUUGAUUUGCAGAAUGGAAUUUUUUUCUCAUGUUUUGAAUUUCUUUUGUAUUUUUUUUUAACUCCCUACAUUUCCCUUAUG